AUGCCACAAGUCUCGAAUCCCAUACAGCCUUCUGAUGAUACUAUCAGGAUAUUGAUAACAACAGACAACCAUGUUGGAUACAAUGAGAAUGACCCAAUCACUGGAAAUGAUUCAUGGCAAUCCUUUGAUGAAGUGUUGAAAAUAGCCAAAGAUCAGGAUGUGGAUAUGAUUCUUCAGUCUGGAGAUUUGUUUCAUGUCAACAAGCCCUCAAAGAAGUCUUUAUAUCAUGUAAUGAGGUCGAUCAGAAUGAACUGUUUUGGGGACAAGCCCUGCGAAUUGGAAUUACUCAGUGACCCAAGUCUAUCUCUAGACGAUGGAAUCAACAUGGUGAAUUAUGAAGAUCCAAACCUCAAUAUAUCAAUUCCAAUUUUUUCGAUUAGUGGGAAUCAUGAUGAUAUUAGUGGCGAUGGUCUUUUGGCUCCAAUGGAUGUUUUAUCGGUUUGUGGGUUUGUAAACCACUUUGGCAAGGUUUUACAAAGUGAUAGAAUUAAUAUUCGUCCUUUGUUAUUCCAAAAAGGCCUAACUAAAUUGAGCUUGUUUGGCAUGGCAAGUGUUAGAGAUGAAAGAUUGUUUAAAACAUUUCGAGAUGGGGGAGUUAAAUUUUUAACACCAACAAUAAGAUCAAAUGAAUGGUUUAAUCUCAUGUGUGUGCACCAAAAUCAUUUUGCUCAUGUUAAUACAGCAUACCUACCAGAGGAGUUUUUACCAAAGUUUUUAGAUUUGGUAAUUUGGGGCCAUGAACAUGAAUGCAUUCCAUACACUGUUACAAAUAGCCAAACUGGAUUUAAUACUUUGCAGCCUGGUUCUUCUAUUGCCACAUCGUUAUGCGAAGGUGAGGCAGUAGAAAAAAAAGUUUUUGUUUUAUCAAUAAAUCAGUUGGAUUAUAGUAUCGAACCUAUAAAACUUGAAACAAUUAGACCAUUUAUAAUGGCCGAAAUAUCUUUAAAAAACUCUGGAAUUAUUCCUGGGCCAACAACCAAAUCAGAGAUUACGCGAUAUUUAAUUAAUGAAACUGAGAGUUUAAUUGAAAAGGCAAAAGAGCAGUGGGUGACGCAAAAUGCAGAAAUAUUUGAAGAUAAUGAGGAAGAGGAAGAGGAAGAGGAAAAGGAAGAGGAAAAGGAAGAGGAAAGAAAAAAGAGGAUAGAUUCAAAAUUCCCUUUACCUUUAAUCAGAUUAAGAGUUGAUUAUAGUGGAGGUUAUGAAGUAGAAAAUCCUAGAAGAUUUAGUAAUAGAUUUGUUGGGCGUAUUGCAAAUGUCAAUAAUGUUGUUCAGUUUUAUAGAAAAAAAAGUUUUGCAAGCAAUAGAAGGGGCACAUCGAAAAGAGGAGAUGAUAGUGAUGAUGAGAAUAGAAAUGAUGUCAACAUCAAAUUGGAAGUUCAAAACUUGGUGAAUAGUUUUUUGAAGGAUUCUGAAUUAUCUUUAUUAUCUGAAGAUGGAAUCAAUGAGGCAGUUAAAAGAUUUGUUGACAAAGAAGAUAAACAAGCGUUGAAGGAAUUUAUUGAUACUGAAUUGAAAAACGAUUUUAAAUUAUUGAUGAAGGCUGAAGUCACAGAA